CAAAAGGAGUAAAAGCCUCCCAGCUGCCUCUGGCGGCGUAGGAAUAGACAUGUCUACGGGGAGGAUCUGUUGUCUGGUGCUCCUGACCCUAGGGGUGCUAGCGGUGGUUGUUGCGCUCGUGGUCAUCCUGACUCAACCCAGGUGUGGUCCUCAGCAUUACCUGCAUGGUGCCGUGGCUGCUGACACUGAGACCUGCUCUGACAUUGGCCGGGACAUCCUGCAAAGUGGAGGCACAGCCGUGGAUGCUGCCAUUGCUGGUUUGAUCUGCACCUCGGUGAUGAACCCUCAGAGUUCGGGCCUGGGUGGUGGGGUCAUAUUUACCAUCUAUAAUGGCAGCACAGGAACAGUUGAGGUGAUCAAUGCCCGCGAGACAGUCCCUCAAGUGUUUCCACAGGAUUUGUUGUCUCACUGUACUGCUGAUUUCCCCAUUGGUUCCCGCUGGAUUGCUGUACCAGGAGAGCUUCGUGGGUACGAAGAAGCCCAUAAGCGAUAUGGCCGCUUACCGUGGAAAGCCCUGUUUGAACCAACCAUCAAGCUCCUUUCACAGCCACUUGUCAUUUCCCCGAUUAUGGACAAAAUAUUCCGCCACCCAGGCUUCGCCAGUCCAGGAAAAAGCCUGUGCCCACUGAUAUGUGACGGUGAAAGGUUUCUGAAGCGUGGAGAGACCUUCACGUGGCCAGCACUGCGGCAGACACUGAGCGCUGUAGCGGAAAAUGGAGCUGCAGCAUUUUAUGAGGGAGAGAUAGGAAAGGCCCUGGUGGAGGACAUUAGGAAGGCUGGGUCCAGUAUCUCACUGGAGGACCUCCGGAAAUACAAAGCAGAGGUGUCCUCACCUCUGAACAUUACCCUGAACAAUCACACCACACUGUUUUCUCCUGGACCGCCCAUGGGAGGUGCUGUGCUCAUGUUCAUCCUCAAGAUACUGGAAGAGUAUAAACUCCAUGAAGCAUCACUGGCAACACCCAAGGAGAAGUUGGAAACCUACCACCGCAUUGCAGAAGCCCUGAAGUUUGGCAAUAUGUUAAAAUCCCAUAUGAGUGACCCAGACUUCUCCGAAGCUCAGGUGGCUGUGGGGACUGUGCUGUCUGACAAGAUUGCUGAGCUUGCCAGAAGCCGAAUAGAUGGCCGUGGUGACCAUCCACUCAACCAUUACAACUUGUUGGAUUCUAUCUACAACCACAGAUACAAAAGUAAGGGCACAAGCCACAUCUCUGUGCUUGCUGCAGAUGGCAGUGCCGUGUCCGCCACCAGCACCAUCAACUACCCGUUUGGCUCCUUUGUGUAUUCUAACCAAACCGGGAUCAUUUUAAAUAAUGAACUUGCUGAUUUCUGCAUGGCAAACAGAAGCAUUAAACCAGGAGAGAAACCUCCCUCAGCAAUGGUGCCUUCCAUUCUCAUCUCCAAGACAGGAGACAUGCUGGUGAUCGGAGGAGCUGGCGGGGCCUGGAUUAUCAGUGCUACUGCUAUGGCGAUUAUAAACAAGCUGUGGUUUGGCUAUGACUUGGAACAUGCCAUUUCAGCUCCCAUCAUGCAUACUGAAGGUGACAGUGUCCUGUUUGAGCAACAUUUCAGUGAGGAGGUUAAGAGCGGCCUGCUGAGAAGAGGACAUAAAGAAAAGCAAGCUAGAUUUGCAAUGAAUGUUGUGCAGGGAAUUUCCAAGGAAGGAAAAUGCAUCUCUGCUUACUCUGAUAAAAGGAAGCUGGGGAAGUCAGCUGGAUAUUAGCAUGAAAUGCCAUCACAACUCACAAAACCACAAGACAUAACUAGAUUCAGAACACGAUUUGGCUUGGACAUGCCAACAGUGCCUGUUCCCAUCAGGAUGCCUGUUCGAGUAUGGGCAAAACUUGCGAUUGCACCUAAUUCCAGUAGACUGCAAGUCACCCUAAGGCAAUACAAGGACAGGUCAGCCAGCCUUGUUUAGAGCUACACCCUCCAUUACUUAUGUGAUAUACAGAAAAGCAUAUUUCUUGAGCACAUCAGCUCUUCAGAAUAAGAGAACACAAAGUGGGAAAGGAAAAUUGGUCCAAACCCCACUGGGAACACUGUGAAAUGACCCAGCUGUAUCUU